AUGAGUGUAGUUGGAUUUGAUCUUGGGAAUGAGAGCUUGCCAGGCAAAUGCGUAUUGAUGUUUUCCUUAAUGAUGAGUCAAAAUGCUGGCACAUUCAUAGUAGAUGUGCAAUAUGCUGAUGUCAGCGAAUUGCAGGCACCACCAAAGAUCAGUAAAUACACGAUUGGUCCCUUUCAAACAACAAAAGGUGAGAGGGCCAAGGUGAAGGUGAAAGCCCGUUUGAAUUUACAUGGAAAUGUGUCUGUGGAGUCUGCACAUGUGGUUAUUGAAGAAGAUGAAGUUGAGGUUCCAGUGACAAAAGAAACAUCAAAAAUUGAUUUGGAUAAGGCUCCAACCAAAAUCAAUGUAAAAUGCAGGAUGCCUAUGUGGGUUGAAAAUGUUGCUAUAGCAAUAGGAGAUAAUUGGAGAUAA